UUGAUUAUAUGCACGCCGUUCGAGCGCGUAUCUUUCCCUACAAUAUUCACUCCGUUUUACAUAAACUGUUUAUGACGCGAUUGUUUGUUUUUUCUUCUUCUUUUUUUUUGACUCAGCUAAUCUUUCGUACCAGUUGACAUUCAUUUUUUUAACCAUGGGAUUUUCUUUUUUGGAGUACUUUACAAAGGUUUUCGUUGGCACCUCCAAUGAAAGUUCAAUAUCGACGAAAUCAUUGUUAACGUUUCGUUUCAAAACAACUGUAUUCUUUUUAUAGUGUUCAAAUUUUUUAUUCCUUUAUUGGUAACACUGCAGUUUGACUCCGAAAACGAAUGACGCUUCAAAUCACUUGCCUUUCGUUUGUCCAGUACAACUAAUCUUCGUUAAUUUUCUCGACAAAUAAACGCAGUUGCCUUAAAUCAACGCGAAAAUGCAAGACCAAAACAACGAAGAUUCGGCCUCGGUCAACAGCGAUGAGUCCAACGUCAGUUCCUUCGCCCCAAAAGACAAACUCGAGGAGUUGAUCAAUAUGGAAUUGAAGCACUCGGGUGUGUAUGCCGACGUCCUCUGGAAAAAUCAAUUUCUCAAGGGGGAUUUCGAAAAUUUGUACACUUCUUGUCAGCGCUUUGACGAGCAAAAAAAGAAAAAGAGUGAGGUUUUAGAAGACUACUACGAAAAGCUGACCGAACUUCGUAAACGUAAUCACCAAGAUUUGAAAGAUAAAUUAAACUCCAUCAUACUGAAAAUCAACGAGACUAACUCCAAAUUUCAUGAAGCUUACUCUAACUACAGUUCUGAUGUAAUCAAUUCAUACAUACAAUUUUUCGACAACGAAGCAGAAAGCCAAGAGGCGCGUUUGGCAGAUUUAACGCGAAAACUAGAUUCUCUACACGAAAAGGAAAAAGGACUCGGGUCACUGAUGAAAAAAGGACCCACAUCAAGCACCAGCUUAGACGUGGUUAUUAAUAUGCUCUUCGAGUCAUCCAUGAAACGACCCGAGAUACAACUCGACGAGACAUUGUCGAAAUUAUCAAUGGAAAUGGAGAAAUUGGAACGGAGGUUGCAGGCAAAUCAAUAA